GAUAACUUGCCUCUGUCUCAAGAAGGAAUGCAGAGUCUAGUUAUUUCACCACUUCAGAGGCUCAGACGACAAUUGAAAAAAGGUGUAAAUUUAACUUAUUUUUAACCUUAGAGACACAAUUAAAUUAAAAAAACAUGGAUCUUUAUGCGCGAAAUGAGACAUUUACUUCCCCCGAGUGCGUCGGAGCGCAGACUGACGCGCAGCCCGUUAAUGGGACCUUGGAGACAUCAAACAUCACCUGCGGCAACAUUUCCAACCUCCUCAUACCUCAGCGUGUGAGGCACAAAGAUGAUGACCACACACUGCGGAUCCUGCUCUACUCACUCAUCUUUUUCCUGAGCGUGUUUGGCAACCUGCUGAUCAUUGUGGUGCUGACGGUCAAUAAGCGCAUGCGCACCGUGACCAACACCUUCCUGCUGUCGCUCGCUGUCAGCGACCUGAUGUUGGCCGUCUUCUGCAUGCCCUUCACCCUCAUCCCCAGCAUCCUCAAGAACUUCAUCUUUGGAGCUGCCAUGUGCAAGAUAGUGUCCUACCUCAUGGGUAUAUCGGUGAGCAUCUCCACAUUUAGCCUGGUUGCCAUAGCGAUCGAGCGCUACAGCGCCAUCUGUAACCCCCUGAAGUCACGGGUGUGGCAGACCCGUUCCCAUGCCUAUCGGGUGAUUGCUGCAACGUGGGUGCUAGCCUUCAUCAUCAUGAUCCCUUAUCCAAUCAUCAGUAACUUGAAGUCUUUUCAGCGUUCUGACAACACCACUGCUCACCAGUGUAGCCACAAGUGGCCCCUCGCAACGACGGAGCAGGCCUGGCACAUUCUUCUGCUGCUUGUGCUGUUUGCAAUCCCAGGGUUGGUGAUGAUUGUAGCCUAUGGACUGAUCUCCAGGGAACUUUAUCGAGGCAUCCAGUUUGAGAUGGGACACAAAAAAGACUCCACUGAUGUGAAGAAUGGUCUGACCUCCGCUGUGUCUACUGGCAGUGAUGAUGGAGAUGGCUGCUACGUUAAUGUCGUCCAGCGGCCACACUCAAUGGAGAUGUCCAGCAUGGCUGCAUCCAUCAGGGCAGUCAAGGCCGAAAGACCACGCAGCAACACAUCUGAGGCCAAGCUGGAGGCCAAGAAGCGAGUUAUCCGCAUGCUGGUGGUCAUCGUUGUCCUAUUCUUUCUCUGCUGGAUGCCACUGUACUGUGCCAACACCUGGCGGGCUUUUGAUGACAUCUCUGCCACACAUGCCCUCUCAGGUGCUCCCAUCGCUUUUAUCCAUUUAUUGUGCUACACUUCUGCCUGCGUCAACCCCAUUAUUUACUGCUUCAUGAACACACGUUUCCGUAAAGCUCUGCUCGCCACGUUCUCGUGCUGUGCUGCACCUUGCCAUCGCCGCCGCCGUCGUGGGCUACAGGACAAGGAAGAGGAUGUUAUGGCAACGGGCACGUCCAAAUUCAGUUACACUACAGUCAGCACCAUGGGAACCUGCUGAGGCAGAUGGAUGCAGGCACAAUCCAGAAGAGACAGUUACUACGGCAACACGGCACCCCGCAUCCUUUGUCUUUAGGCCAAUUCUGCGCUCAUAGGGACGGUAACGUGUGGAAACAACAGGCCAUAUAAUGUAACACUAUAGAAGCUUCACCCAUGACUGUGAGUAAAGGUAUACAGGGAUCAUUUAAUGAAACCCAGUCUGACAGUGUAAAUACUUCCAUAGUUAUAUUUACUUAUUAUCUCUUGUCAUAGUGGACCAAGGCAAAUUGUUGCUUAGAUAUUUACAGUGGGGCAUUUGUGUGUGUGUGUGUGUGUGUGUGUGUGUGUGUGUGUGUGUGUGUGUGUGUGUGGUGUGUGUGUGUGUGUGUGUCUAUAUGAUAUGUGAGGCAGGCAGCUUGACAAUGUCAUUAUGUAGCUAUAAAAACAGGAAGAUCGUUUGCUAUGUCAUUUAAAAAAUGUUGUUGAAUAUUUUGCUGUCACCUUUUUAUCUGAGUAAAUGACAGUAAUGCAAUUGCCUUGUGAACUAAGUGCCUGGUUCUAAAUACUAUGUUAUAUUUGUCUACUGAUGAUUUGAUUUCAUUCACCACGGGUACCAUAAUCAGAGGCAAAUUGUAACCUGAAGGGUUUUUAAAGUGGAGUUUAAAGACUCAAAAGAUCUUCUAAACAAACUUAAAAUCCUCGUCAGAAAAUAUGAAUUUCCUCCUGAUGGGAUGGAAAAAUGGGAGGGUUGUCAGUUCGAUAAGUCUCCAUAGUUUUCAGAAAACACUUAGUUGGUAUUAACAUUUUGGAUGGGCAGCGAUGCCUUGUGUUGUGAUGCCUUGCUUAUAAACUGUAAUGCUAGCCACAUUUGUAUUUUUUUUAGAGCUGGAUUUGUCUGUGUAUGCUGCAAUGUUUGUUAGUAUUGUAUGUGUCCUUGCAGGUGAACACAGUAGCCACUGUGACAACGGAAAAUUGUGUUUCUUUCUCAUAUGAGGGAUCUAGUUUGAGGGCAGUACACAAGUGGCCAUCACUUUGUGGAGAACCUCUGGGUAGGAAUCUGGGUUAUUUAACAGUUCCUACAUUAGGGCAAAUUAUAUUCCUGAUACCAUAUCAGAAAAACUCCCCUGAGUACAACAGAAAGUAAUGUUUUGUAAUUACAUAUAAUACACUUUGAUGAAGUCACUAGGAGUAGGCCUAUAGCUUAUACAAACAUUAAAUGGUACUAAAAUGGUUUAUUAGUUACCAUACACGUGCUGUAGGACAGCACGAAAGGGGGAUUUUUACGACGAGAAGUUCACUGCAGCCUUACAGUAAAUAAGGGAAAAGUAACAACGAAUAAGUUCAGUAAUUCUUCAUAAAUGUGCAGUCCCUGUGAACUCCCCUGCAGGCUGCAAAAUGGCAGCCAGGUUUCAGAGGUCUCUGUUUGUCAGGCCGUGUCUAGCGUGCCUGACUCUGGCUCCCCUACUCACCUCACACUAAUUGUGUUACAACCUCAAGCCUGCCAGGCUGAACAGAUGAGCAUAUUUCACUGAGUGCACCAAAGCACAAUGCUGUCAAACUCUCAAAUACGUUAUGUAUGACCUGCUUUUGUGAGCAAUUUUUUUGGGAAAAUUCACGACUGGCCUGCAGCUUUUGUGGUUUAUUGUGUGCAGCGUUCCCUUUGUGUUUAAACUAUAAAUAAUAGUGAAGCCUUAGUAUUACACGAAACUAAAGUAAGACAGAGAAUCUUAUCAGCCAAAUCCUCAAUCUGUGUUAUGAGAAACACAGCAGAAGACAAUCUUGUCGACACACCUAACCUCGGACAAUAAGAUCUUUCACUUAUUUGCUAAUACAUUAAUAUCUGCAGCUCCUGCUCCUAUUUCUUUACACUGAGACAACCUUACCGUCAUGUGUGUCCAGUGUCCAGUUCAUGUCAAGUGAAGAGGACAAAGUGACAGCCAGACACAAGAGGCACACGUUCAUCUAGCUGAUGACAUUGUGUGGGGGCUUGAUGGGCCUUACCACAGGGGCAUCAACUCUUUGACUCUGAUCUUAAAUAUGUACAUGUGAGAGCAUGUGUGUUCUCAAAUCGAAAAUGUCCAUCUUGUAAAAGGAUUUUAGUUUUACAGUGAAUGAAGUUCUCCUGCAGUAAACAACAGACAGGAGAUCAUUAUGUGUCUACUAGUAACAUUUCUCAAAUACAGAAAUAUUCUAUCGCCACCAUCUGUGUUUAUGAGUGACACUUGAAAAGAGAUCUGGAAGAGGCUGAUUUCCCUUCGGUGUCAUAGAGGCCGUUUGACGUUAUGACUUGGUUCACAAUACACCCCUCCUCAUCUAGUUGCCACGAACACACACACACACACACACACACACACACACACACACACACACACACACACACACACACACACACACACACACACACACACACACACACACACACACACACACACACACACACACACACACACGCACACACACGCACACACACAGAGUACUCCAGCUUAAACUGGUUUUUAUGCACUUGCUCACAACCAAUUACACACAGAUGCCAAUAAUUACUUAUUGUUCUUAUUUUAAUCAACGCUGGCCGUGAAAAUUAAAGCUCAAUAAAGAAACAAACUCUGAUGACAAAUGGGUAGUGGUUGUAUCACUAAUUAGCAUAUUCCACUUAUGUAUAAAAUCAAUGUCAAGGUGAAAACUUCAUAUUGUAAUUCUUCAACCCGAAAUGGUGAUGGAAAAAUCUGUCCUGCACAAUAUCUACAGAUGUUGCCCAGGGGGGCCAUAGUUUUAGAACUGCACUAAUUAAUUGUUUUAUUAACAAUAGAUCGAACUACUAUUUGUAAUGUGAAAGGGGUCAAUCAUAGUGAUGAACACACAGAUAAUUAUCACUCAUCUCUGCAGCUCCCCUCCACUCCACAGAGAGUUUUUGCUUUUCUAGCUCAUAACUCACUCUCAUUAAUAAGCUGCAGCAGGCAACUGUUUUCAGGCCUGCUUCUUUACCUGCUCAGCACCAACCAGCAGACAAAGUCAGUAACUACUUAGUGAACAUUGAGGAAAGUGCAGCUGCUGAAGAUAUUUGUAGAUAUUUCCCUCAGGAGUUGGUGGAGACCAAAACAGAGCUACAAGGACAGCAAAUAUUAGACUUAAUUGGGUGACUACAAACAUAACUCCUAAUGCUGCUUCAUUUCAGUUGUUAGCCAUAACAACUUUAUAAGGUGAUGCUAUGUCAAUGCUGUGUUUCAAACUUACUAAGCAUGUCCAUCUUGCAGAAGGUUUAGUGAGAUAAACGAAACCCUUUAAGAUCAGGUGAGAGUACAACAUGUUCAUUUAAAUGUAUUGUUACAAUACAUGUUCCUAUGUUCUUUGACACAAGUGUCACUGACAAAUGCUGCAGCUGUACUCUGGAGGAGUGCUGCUAGUGAAUGAUAAGGACAUCGUUCACCGGUGUUGCAGAGGGAGCCUCCGGGGCACCAGUGUUGGCAGGGUAAGCAUUGUUUAAUGUGAGCAAAGCUGAUAUUUGACUUGGCUGCAUUCAUCACAAAUCCGCUCAGCAGUGGUAACAUAAUGAAAAAAACAGCUGGUAUUGCCAUGGUUAGUAUUACUUUCAGUUGCCAUUUAGGAAAAGGUAUUUGAUUACUAAGUAACUUUUUGUAGUCCGAGAUAUAUUAUUAUAUUUAUUCAAGAGAAUUUGCCCUUUUACAUGGUUGAAUGAACCUGUUUGAACAAAUCCUCCAAAUCAAAUGACAUAAUAUAUAUUCCUCCUCCUUUUAAUAAUAAUAGUAAAAAAAAAAUUGUAAAGCGCCUUUCAAAGCUAAAAGCAAUCUCAAGGCGCUAAACUGCAGGACAACAACAACAACAACAACAACAGCAACAACAACAACAACAGACAUAAGAUUUUACGGAAAUCAACAUGACUGUGGCCGCAGGAGAGCUUUGUCACUAGAAUGUAAAUAUUUGUUGUGUUGUGUUGUUGACCGUGCUAUGAGCGCAGUGCAGAGCAGCAGCAGAUAGCUAGCCAGUGGGAGCUACACACAGGGACUCAUAUGUGCGGCCGGCCCAUUGAAUUUUGGGACCCGAGAUGUUUGGAGCCCCAGGAUAGUUGUUAAGCUUUCUUGUCUCUUAAUUAAAGUAAAAAGUAAUUACUUGUACACAUUUACUUAUAUAAUGAGAAGCUGGCUCAAGAAAAGCUUCAUUGUCCAUUGAAAAUGAAGGAAUAAUAUUGUGGAACAAAAUGAUGAGGAUUUAAGUCUGUGUCAUCUGGGUUUUGUUUCAUUAGUGUGGAUGUUUACCGUCUCUGGGGCGGAUUUUGGAUUAGUGUAGCCAUCUUCCUGUGAAUGUCAGCGACAAUUUGUGACAAGCCCUAUUUAACAACAUGCAAAUAUACAUUAUAUAUAUCUGCUCCAUAUCCGUGCCCAUACCUGCUUAUCUGUAUCCUUGUUGAUAUACACAUAGUAUUCUGAAUUGUACUGAAAUCAGGUGUUAACAAUAUGAAACAAAGCAUUCUCUUGUAUAUGUGUGUGUCUUGUGAAAGUAAGAGCUGAUCUUAUAGUGUUCCAUGUUUCUAAGCAGCUUGUUCAGGCUGCGUGCUCAUUUGGGAUGAACAGGGAUGAAGGGUUAGAGAAGCGUACGAGGGCACAUUUAGAUCUGCUCGAACGGUCACAGUUGCCAGGCCACCAUUGCCUUAAGUGUGUUUUGAGUGUAAAGUAUCUGUAUGUCUUUGUGCGCAUGUGUGUGUGUGUGUGUGUGUUCCUCAUGCAUUUACUGUGUGUAUACACGAGUCACUGUUGUUUGAGACAAAACAAGAACUGGAGAUGAAAGCAUUUGGCAGCCUUGUUUCCACAUCUAUGGAAAAGACGUGGACAGAGCUUGCUGUGACUAUUGUCCUUUCUGAAACAGUGACAACUUUUGGAAAACAAUCUGUGAAAAAUAGUUGAUCUGAUUCUCUUGGCUGCUGUCCACGCUGUUAUCUUGACCAGUCUCUGUGUGCUGCUAUGACGAUAAUAAGGCCUUUAAUGUUUACUCGUGCUUUGGAAUGUGUAGUUUUCCAUUCUGGUUUAUGCUCUGAGGUUCAACAGGUCUACCUCCCUUAUGACAGUGCAGAUUCAUUGCUAUUAUGAUUGUCAUUACAGCCACUAUUCAUUGUUUCUGACUUGGCAGACAGAAGGGAUGUGCUAUUUCUCAGCAUGAAGAUCCUCUAGAUAGCAUUUGUAUAUCCUAAGUAUGAAAAGUGUGUGUGUUUAUGUAUGUGUGUCAGAGAAGGAGCCAGGAUUGUAAAGUGGAAGCCGAUGUUGUGCCAUUUGUUACAUGUGAUCUUUGAGAUUUUAUGCUGACUGCUGUGGCUUACUAAAUUGGUGAUCCUCAUGUCUGACAGAUGCACCGUUUUCCUGUCUGUCUCUGUGUCUCUCUCUCACACACACACACACACACACACACACACACACACACACACACACACACACACACACACACACACACACACACACACACACACACACACACACACACACACACAACUGGGUGACUAUCCAGCUGUUGUACUUUGCUUUAGCUUUUUGUGUGUAAUGUUAUGUAAUUCUAAUAAAGUAUCCAUGUUAAAUUAUA